AAUGCAAUUUGGUAUCACUUUAACUGCCAUUGCUCACUGCUAUGGAAUAAUGGGAGUCUUUGGACUUACCGACCAAAUAGUGCUAGUGCCUCACCAAACUCCAAGUUCCGCAAAUCCAGAGAUUGAGCCAUAAAAUAUGUCAAACUGCAAUUUGAACUUUCACUUCUAAUAUAACAAUGCAGUUCCAAAUUUUAGAGGAGAUUGGUUCACUCUGGAAGGAGUCAGGAAUAUAUAGUUCUGAGCUGCCAUUUUGACUUCCUCCAAUUCCCCAAAAGAGAGCUUGGAAUACUUUCCAGACUACAACUCCCAGAAUCCCCCACAUCAGCAUGGCUACAGGUGUGCCAUAAACUGCAUAAUGAAAUAGUAUUGUGGGACAUAUAAAUGGCUGUUAGACGAAACUGCUAAAACAAACCAAUCAUUCAGAGCACUGGGCUGGGAAAAAAAUUAAAAAUUUCAAGUUGAGAAACGAGUCCUGCCAGGAUGAUGGAGUUCCAACAGUUAUCAGGCGCUGAUGCUGCUCUGAACCAAGACUGCAGUAUUGGGCCAGAGUCUCCUUCAAAUAAAUGGACGAAUAACCAAAGAAAAGGCAUGGACGUCACAAAGGCUCCCAAGAUCAUUGUCUCGACUAGCCGUCGGAUCCUCACCAUCGGCUUUGCCUUACUCAUACUCUCCGUCCUGGCUUGGGCAUACAUCACAGGUAUCCAGCUGGUUUCUGACCAGUACCACAUCAUGGCAUUUGGUCUUUAUGGGGCCUUCCUCGCAUGCCAUCUUGUCAUUCAGAGCUUCUUUGCCUUUCUGGAGCACAAAAAGAUGAGGAGGGACUCGCUGAAGUGCAGCUAUACAAAGACAGUGGCUCUCACCAUCUCUGCUUAUCAGGAGGAUCCAGCUUACCUUCGGGAGUGCCUUCAGUCCGUCAAGGGAACCUUGUAUCCCCCCGACAAGCUCCGGGUGAUCAUGGUGAUAGACGGCAACAGCCCUGAUGACCGGUACAUGAUGGAUAUGUUUGAGGAAGUCUUUGAAGGAGAGGACGUGGGCAGUUUUAUCUGGGAGAACAACUACCACCAGCAGCCUCACCUGGACGUGGAUGAAGGGGACAGUGGUUACCAGGCUGGGGAUGAGCCAUCUCUCUAUAGUGAAAUAGACAUGGAGGACCCCGGGCAACUGAUCGUAGAAGAGUUAAUCCGGACUAAGAGAUGUGUCUGCAUCAUGCAGAAAUGGGGCGGGAAAAGGGAAGUCAUGUACACAGCUUUCAAGGCUCUGGGGAAUUCAGUAGACUAUGUCCAGGUUUGUGACUCAGAUACCAAACUGGAGCCACAGGCAACGGUGGAACUGGUGAAGGUGUUGGAGUCAAAUGAACGCUAUGGGGCAGUUGGUGGAGAUGUGCGGAUCCUGAACCUCUCUGACUCCUACAUCAGCUUCAUGAGCAGCUUGCGUUACUGGAUGGCCUUCAACAUUGAGCGUGCCUGCCAGUCCUUCUUCAACUGUGUCUCCUGUAUCAGUGGCCCUCUGGGCUUAUAUCGGAAUGACCUCCUUCAACAGUUUCUGGAGUCCUGGUACAAUCAGAAAUUCCUUGGAACCCAUUGUACUUUUGGGGAUGAUCGGCACCUCACCAACAGGAUGCUGAGCAUCGGCUAUGCCACCAAAUACACUGCUCGCUCCCGCUGCUACUCAGAGACCCCGUCCUUAUUCCUGCGAUGGCUGGCACAGCAAACCCGUUGGACCAAAUCCUACUUCCGGGAGUGGCUCUACAAUGCCCUCUGGUGGCACCGUCACCACUUAUGGAUGACUUACGAGUCUGUGGUCUCCGGCAUCUUCCCCUUUUUCGUCACAGCCACCGUCCUGCGGCUCUUUUACGGGGGAAACCUGUGGGACAUUCUGUGGGUGCUACUGUGUGUCCAGUUGGUGGCCUGCGUGAAGGCCCUUUACGCCUGCUGGCUGAGGGGAAACUUCAUCAUGAUCUUCAUGUCCCUCUAUGCCGUGCUCUACAUGGGCGGCCUGCUCCCAGCGAAAUACUUUGCCAUCGUGACCAUGAACAAGAGUAGCUGGGGCACCUCUGGCCGGAAGAAAAUGGUGGGGAACUACAUGCCUCUGCUGCCUGUUUCUAUUUGGGGUCUGCUCCUUUUGGGAGGCCUGAUUUAUACCAUCUAUCUGGAAGCCUUGGCUGACUGGACAACUGACACCAAGCAGACCGAGAUCUGGUACCUGCUCAUUGGUUCAGCUAUCUACUUAGGCUACUGGACAUUCAUGAUCAUGCUGUAUUGGGUGUGGGUUCGGAGAUGCUGCCGGAAAAGAGUGGAUUUCUACAGUGUUGAGGUCUGAAGUGGACAGAGAUAAAGGGCUGGGCAACUUGAUAUCCAUACCUGGCCACUGCUGGACAGGUGUAGACUGGGAAUCGGGAGUCUUAGUUUGUCAAGUUCUAAGAGAAGAGAGUAGCCUAGUAGGAGCUUCUCAUGGAGUUUGUGAUUGGAGAUGUUCCUUGUGGUCCUCCUCUUCCUCCCUUUCCCUACAGUGUGAUUGGUCAGUAGAGGUGAAGUUUAGACUCCUUGAGUUCUCUUCCAGAAGCCAAGAUCAGAAGAAGCCUCAAAACUGGUGAAAGGCUUCUGGAAGACGAUGGUAUCUCAGGAAUGGUAUCUGUUUCACCCAAACGGAUGAGAGAAGCUCCUAGUUACCCCUUCUCUCAUUUCAGCUGGUGGCUUUCUGUGCCUGGGAAAUAUUUCUGACCUCAGUUUAUUUAUUAGUAUUGAAUGUUCGUUCAGGAAGCACCAGCAUUGUCUUCUUUCACUUUUGAUAUGUGGCAUCACUGCUCUGGGGGAAACACAGGGAUCUGUGCUGCACAAGACCCGGUCUCAUUGCACUGAAUGCCAGGACACUUCCGAGUCGGAGCAGAGCAGCCAUUAAAGGGAGAGAAAGAGACUCAGACCUUGCAGCUGUUCCACUAAAGUUUGCAAAAAGUUGGAGAAGUGGAGGAAAAAACUCUUACUUCUUUAUAAUGGGAGUCCUGGCCUAUACAAUGGCUUUACUGAUUCUCUCUCUCUUUCUUUUUCUUUCUUUAAAAAAGUAAAAAAAAAAGGCAUUGUGCCUUAUCUUGCCUUAUGGACACUUGAGGUUUUACAAAACAUAGGUUUACAGUUGUGCAACAGAAAUGGGGAAAUUCUACCUUGCCCUUUUUUCCCAACCUGGAAAGAAAGAGGACAGUGGUCAAUUUCCCUAUUGCCUCUUUCUUCCUAUAGUGGGUAAAGGGGGGGGGGGGAUCUGUUUCUUGCAAGAAAAUGAAGGCAACCAAAGUUAUUUAUUUGCCCUAUUUUAAUAAUUAAAAAAGUCUAUUUAAUGGUUUCUUUAAGAAAAAGCAAAAAAAUACUGAAUGAUGAGAUUUUUUUUAAAAAAAACAAAGUUUUAUAUAUGCUGUAAAAUAAAUCUUUAUUUAUUUUGGAAACAU